AUGCCUGAGGAUGAAUUAUGUUGCCUAUCAAGAAUAAUAGUCAACUUAUUCUCUAAUCAUUCUAAAACGUUCUCGAAAUUACGUGUUCCAUCCUUGCCAACAGAAUGUAUGCAACAAAUACUUCAACAUAUAGCAGAUCAAGGCGUAGGAUCAUUAUACCCAUUCUUGUUGGUAAAUCGAUAUUGGUGUAAUAACGUUAUACCUUUUUUAUGGGCUCGACCAUUUGAAGGACAAUUGCCUCCAGAAAAUCGAUAUAAAUUCAUGUUGAUUUACCUGGCAUCCCUUACCGCUCAAGAAAAAGCCGCAUUGAAUGCUUCUUUGAGGCCAUAUAACAUCACAAUUCCUGAUCUAGCCCCUCCUUUAUAUAAUUACCCAAUGUUCUUGGAAGAAUUUUCGUAUAAAAACGUUGAGACAGCAGUAUAUUCGUGUAUAUGUCGAUGGAAUACCGAGGAAUUUGUAGCUCGUAAUAGAGAAGAACAAAUACUCGUUUUAGCGUCCACAUUAUGUCAAUUAUUCAUGAGAAAUUCUAAAAGUUUAAAAACUUUUAUAAUAGACAAAUUUCUUAACCAUUCUGAUUUACCAGAUUGUUCAAUAUUCAGUUCCGGACAACCUGGUUUAAGAAACAUUUCUAACCUUUCUAUUGAUUGCACAAAACCAAUGAUGGAAAAUACAAUCCGUUUAUUAGAAUUAAUUCCAUCUUUGUGUAAAAAAAUUCGUUGUCUAGAUGUUAAAAUUUUAUUUUUUGAAAAUAAUACAGAUAUAAUACAAGCGAUCAUAAAGAUAAUUAGAGCUCAAGAAAGUUUGAUCGAAUUUAAUCUUGAUGGUGUAAGAAGUGGAGAAUCCAGUGACAUUAUACAAGCUCUACAAUGUCAAUCAUUAUCCAUAACCACCAUAAAAUUUGAAAAUGUUGAUUUUACUGCUGAUUCUUUGGGAUUACUCGCGGUAUGUCGACAACUUCGAAAUUUAUCGUUAUUAUAUUAUAGAGGAUUGACUAUGGAAGGUAGUAGUACAUCAACAGGUGAAGGAGGAUCAGGAAGUAUAUGGAGUCACAUAAAGUUUGAUUUAAGAAAAUUGCGUUUAAAAAAUUCCACGAAAUCACCAUUAAUAUCAGCGGCAUUGAUUAGAGCUGCAGGAGAAAAUCUGAAAUGUCUAAGUUACGAUGUGAUAACCAGAGAAACAAUAGAUGCCACAAUCCUCUAUUGUCCUAAUAUAACUGAACUUGAACUUUUAGAUUAUUUACCACAUCAUAAUUCUCUUGUAUAUUCAUUAUUUAGAGGACUCCGUCAACUCAAACGACUUACCAUAUCAGUUUAUCAUAACAACGCAAAUAGAUAUAUGAUCAUUUCUGGAAGAGAAUUACCUAAAACUUUAGAAUAUCUAAAAUUACAAUGUGGACUCACCUCAAUACAAUUAGAAGAUUUAUUAAGAGAUUGUAUGGCGCCUUUAAAAGUUUUAAUCUUAGAUUUUAUAAAAUUCGAGCAUUCAGAUUUAAAGGUUAUUACAAAAUUUGUGAAAGCUAGACGAACGUUAAGAUAUUUAGGAAUUAGUGGAAGGAUAGGAUGGAAUGUUAGAGAGACAAAUGAAUUAGAAGCAUUAAAAAGACGUGGAGUUAAACUUAUUCCUUGGUAUGAAAUUGAUAAAUGGUAA